AAUAUUCCUCGAUCGUUCAAGUAGAUAGCGGAAUCUUCAAUGAGAUAACGUAUCCAGUGAUUAUGGUUUCAUCUUGUAUAUUUUACCGUAAAUUUAAAGCUUCUGGUUAUAAGCUACGCUAAAGUAGAGGAUUGAAAAGUGUUGAAAAAUCAAACGUUGAACCGAUGUCCGGAUACAGUGAAACGGGCAGACUCAUAUUUUAAUUUUUUAGUUUACUGAAGUAUCGUUGAAUUCUUUGAAUUCCAAGACGACAGCUGAACGAUUUUCCUAACUUUCACUUGAAACUCAUUUGGUGAAUUUCAAGUUUUCAAAUAAGCCAUGGCUUUGCUAUUCAAAUAUGCGUCGACCGCAGCUUUAAGAACUUCAGUUUUCUUAACCUCGUCGAAACUAGGUGUAAGUAACAGUAAAUAUUUUUCAUCGCCACUAUCAACUAAGCUGAAUUAUUCAAAAGAGGCACCAUCGCAAAAACCAGAGUUAAAAGUGACAUUCAUCAGGGCUAGUGGUGAGAGAAUCGAAGCCAAAGGAAAAGCGGGAGACAGCCUAUUAGACGUUAUUGUUAACAAUGAUAUCGAUUUGGAUGGAUUUGGAGCAUGCGAAGGAACGCUGACAUGCAGUACCUGUCAUUUAAUAUUUUCAAAAGAAGUCUACGACUCUCUACCAGAUAAACCAACAGACGAAGAAUUAGAUAUGCUCGACUUGGCCUACGAUCUAACGGAAACCUCACGACUAGGAUGCCAAAUAAUACUGACUAAGGAGCUCGAUGGCCUCGAGGUACGCGUGCCAACUACCGUAAACGACGCAAGAGCAUAACGAUUGCCAAUUGCUUGUGAAAAUCACAACCGAAUUAGAAUAAAAACCUGCAGCUGUUCAACCACCUACUUCACCUUUUUAUAGAAAAUAAAUAUUUCUGCAAAUGAUAUAUUCUAGGGAAUAGUUAGUCAAGAACAAAUUAAAUGCAUAGAUAAUUUCCACUAGACUGGUGAAAAAAGUGCUCUUAGUUUCGAACUUUGUUGCUCCUAAAAAUUGUUCACGAACAACAAGGUUAGAAGCUUUGUUGAGGAUCUUUUUAAACCUAUCUAACUUGUACAAACAUGAAAUUGUAAUUCGAAUGAUCGACUCAUUGGGUUGUUAAGCCGUGUCUGGUACACAAUGCUCAUAAUCUAAGGCGUUCGUUAUAUUUUAAAUAAGAGAUAGUUAUUACCUCUGUAAUAUAAAAUUGAUAUACAAAUUAGUAUACAUUAUUAAUUGUUA